AUGGCGUCUUGUUCAAGAGUUUUGUUGACCUACAGUUACUGCAACGUGUUAUGGUUUUUAUGUGUUUUCCUGCAAUUUCAAUACACGUUACAAACGAAUGAAGACCCGCUCGAUGUGUUGUUAACAUCGUACAAAAAUUCUCGCGAAACCUUGCCGGAAAAUCACAGAUUUGACCAUCAUCGUCACGUGAGGGAAUGCCAGCCUAUUAUAUACGGAAAUACAACGUUCGAAACGUUCUCUGCGGCAAAUAAGACGAAGUAUAGCAAGUCCCCUGUCGUGUUUAAAUCAUUCUUCAAAAAAGUCGAGACCAAAGAUGGGCAUAAUUACGUUAAUGGUCACAUCGUUACAAUUUCCAAUCCAUUUGAAAGCCUAUCUGUGCUAGAGCCACAAAAACCAGGGGGGUGUCAGAAUAGUUUACGAUCGACUGUUGCUGCAACAUCAAAGCAAAUGAACUGUCGGCUAGCGGUGAACGCCGGUUUCUUUAACACCCACAACGGCAAUUGCUUGGGUAAUGUUGUUAGUAAUGGGAAACUCGUUAGAGAUGCGAAAGGUAUCCAAAAUGCUAAUUUUGGCAUACUAAAAAACGGUACCCUUGUUGUAGGGUAUUUGUCGGAACAUGACGUAACCCCUGGAAACGGUAUCUCGGAGUUCUACCAGCUUGUCACAGGUGUCAUUUGGAUAUUAAGAAAUGGCAGUUUGUAUGUUGACCAGAGUAUCGAGGCAGAGUGCCGAGAAACGGAAGAAACGGGCACGCUGAAAAAGUUUGCGGAAGUUCUGUCCGGUAGGACAGCCGUGGGUCACGAUAAAAAUGGCCAAGUCGUAAUUGUGCAAGUUGAUGGGAAAACACAUUACCGAGGGUGAGACACCUAUAAAUAGUAUUGCAUACUAGGCAGUUGCGAUAUUGAAAAAAUCGAUAUGUCGAUAUCGAAAAGAAAAUAUCGAUAAUAUCGACUAUAUCGAAUUAUGCAAAUGAGAAAAAGUAAAUUAGUCAACUUGCAUGUAUACACAUCACAAACAGUUAAAAAGAAGUGCAUGAAACCAGUCAUGGUACGUCUCAAAGAUUUAUUAACAACGGUUUAUCCGUCAUCUCCAACUCGGCUUUUAAUUUUAAUUGCACACGCUCUUGUAUCAUAAAUUCGUAAUUGCCGCCAUACACAGUUGUCUAAACUUCACCAAUGAAAACAAUAAUUGCAGAAUAAUCGGAGAUUAAGUUGUUUAGUUACAACUUUCGAUAUUUUCGAUAUGCGAAAAGUUGAAUAUCAAAAUAUCGAUAUUUUUGAAAUGUCGAUAUUUAUCGAAAAUAUAUCGAUAUAUCGCAACUGCCUAUUGCAUACCUGCCAAGUCUCACAAUUUAAUCGUGAGACUCACAACUUUUUAUGCUUUCUCGCGAUCUCACAAUUAAGUCCCCAAAUCUCACAAUUUUCGGAACUUAUGAAAUCGUCGAAGAGCGCAACAUCUAGUUACAAUAAGGCACACUCUUCCAAGGAAACAUCACACUUUAUUAGUGUAAUGCACAAUGUAGGUACAAUGCCAGAAUUUCUAAGUCUCACGAUUUUUCAGUCAAUCUCAUGACUUUUUAGAUAGCAACUCACUAUUUCUGCUACUCAAGGGUUGGCAGGUCUGGUAUUGAUUCAGUUAUGUACAGGCUACACUGUAUAUGAUUGCAAGGUUCUAACUAGUGAUUGACAGAUUGUGCAACAAUAAAAAAUUACCGAUUAUUCUUGCCACAAUCUACCCGAUCCUGAUUUUGUAAUGACAUCAUAAUAUCAGUCGACCAAGUAAGUUGACAUCAUUCAUUUUUUAAUGAUAAUUUCUGGCAUAAAAUGUUAUCGCAAUGCUACCGCAGGUCAUUAAAACCAUUAAUAAGUGGCACAGUUCACACAUUAAUUUAACAUAUUGCGUUAAAAUGCAAUGCGUAUCAACGUGCAAUGCAUAUAAUUUUUAAUUAAAGUACGUAACAAUCGGUUUUUAGACAAUCAGAAAUAUAGAUAAUUCUACCUAUUCCAAUUGUCCACAGAUAAAGCAAAAAUAGGUCCGAUGCCGAUUUUCUGUCGAUCACUAACAAUCUGUGAUUUUGUUCAGACUUACUCUUUAUGAUUUUGGCAAGCUCUUGAAGUCUUAUGGUUUGGUGAAUGCAAUCAAUCUUGAUGGAGGAGGCUCUACAACAUUUGUUGAGAAUGGCACACUUGUGAAUUAUCCGUCCGAUCAAUGGUGAGUCAUCCGUCUGAUCAAUGGUGAGUCAUGGCGAUUCACACCGCCGCCUGGCGAGUAUUGAAAAAUUACCUCAAUAAUUCCUAAACAUCUAAUACACUAGUAUGAAUCCAUUGAAGUGACAGCACUCUCCCCUUGAAGAGUAAAAUCGUCUGGCAUUAGGUAGAGCAUGACCGGAUUUCAAUGGGAGGUGCGCACCUCCCCUGAGAUUGUUUUGCACCUCCCCUAAAAAGUCACGCCCCUCCCCUUGGGAAAGUUUCGAUGAUGGAUCAAAGUGAACAUUUGACAUUUUUUGGUUGCUUAGGACCGAUUUUCUGUAAAAUCUAAAGAGUGAUAGCCAAUUCAUUUCAGUGUCAAGUACCCCUACUUUUAGUGUAAUGUUUUGUAGUAAUCGUAAUGAAGAAAUUUUGUGGUAAUUGUAAUGAAGGGCAAAAUUGGAUGAGUUGUACAGUCAUAAUUCAUUAAUACACUCAACACAUAUAAUGUACACUACAUGCAAUGUCAUGCAUAUGAUACAUUGUUGACUUUAGCCUGCGAACAGGCUCUCAAGCUGAAUUGAGAGCCUGCAUCGAUGACUAAUGAAUUUGAAUAUCUGCGUCUCAAAUCGUGACGCGAAAUUCUCAUUGGUCAGAUGCUAUAAUUUAUAUUAUUCCGCUGAGCUCUAUAUAUGUCAACUAGCAGUUGAACACUAUGCAUAAAAAACACAUUAUAUAACUGAUCAAAUUGGUCUUGGCCAUCUUAUCUCAAAGCACGAAAUGUUCCGUUUUGAGAAAACAGUAUUUAAAACAUUUAAACUUUUGCUUGAAUAUCUUAUAUUUCGAAAAACAGUAUAAAUUUAGUUCUGAACGGUCUAAAUUUAGUUUGUACGAAAGUUGUAAACAGCACCAUAUAAGGAUAGACAUUCCAUAUUUGGAAAAACGAACGUUACAGGGCAGAUAUUCAAAUUCAUUAGUCAUCGAUGCAGGCUCUCAAUUCAGCUUGAGAGCCUGUUCGCAGGCUAUGUUGACUUUGGUCCGUUCUACCUUAAGCCCAUGGGGGUUGUGAGCCUCCCCCACUAUUUCCACCAAAAUCCGGCCUUGGUAGAGUAAAGUAACAAAGUAGGGUGCAUUGGGGUGCAAUGUAACAUAAUGGGCUCACAGUGUCAAAGUAUCAAACAAUUUUUAAAUUUAAUAUUUGCAUUUUGUACUACUUUCUAGUCAUAAAUAUCUGUGUGCUCGGAAAGUGAGCACGAUACUGUGUGUUCACGACAAGAUGUGUAAUCCCCGUGAUUGUAACGGACAUGGUGACUGUGGCAUUGAUGGUCAAUGUGUAUGCCGUGUCCCGUGGAGUGGACCAUCGUGUUCUGAACAAGUACUAAAUGGAAUCCCAUACAAUGGCACUGAGCUCUACAAUAUCUGUAAGUUUGGGGUUAUUAGAAGAAAAAAAUUGGCAAGCAUCUAUUUGGUACAAAAUUGAUCAGACACCAAAUCGUAUAUUUUAUGUUAUUUAGCAAUGGCAGGGAAUCAUUCAACAUCAGGAAAUGAAACAACCAAGGAAGUAAUCAAAAGGUAUAUCUAUUACAAAACAUCUAUUCAUCAGAACUGAGAAUUCCAUAUGUCAUUGUAUGUUUUGAAAUAAGUCCUUACUCCAUUGUCAAGCAGUAAAGAAAAAACAGAUGUAAAAUUGUAGGCUUAUUCAUCAUCCAGUUUUGGAAUGUGAGCUAUAACACUAUCUUUGCCUGAAGACUCAAACACUAGCUGGAAUCUGAGUGUAAAUUAAGCUGGAUUGAUAGGGAAAUGGAUUAUCAUUUGAAUAUAACUAGAUUAUAUAAAUGAAUGUCUUGCAAUAUGACUAAUGGCUUUAACCCGGCCAUUGAAGGUAAAGUGACAUGCAUUUGGCAUUAGACAGAGCGAAAUUGUCUGGCAUUAGACAGAGCGAAAUUGUCUGGUGUUAGACCGAGUAAAAUUGUCUGGCAUUAGGCAGAGUAAAAUUGUCUGGCAUUAGGCAGAGUAAAAUCGUCUGGCGUUAGACCAAGUAAAAUCAUCUGACGUUAGACAGAGUAAAAUUGUCUGGCAUUAGACAGAGUAAAAUAAUAAAGUAGCAUGUCACACUAGGGUGCAAUGGCUUAUGCAACUUAACUUCCAUUUAGAUUUUUGAUCAAGAACUAUGCAUGGAUGGACGCUCUUCUCGUCAUUAGCAUGUUAAUCAACUUCAUAUUGUUGUUCGUGACGUUUUGUGGAAGAUCAUCGGACAGGAUAGUUGUUCCUCGAAAACCGGCCAAGUCGCGAACCAACAGGGAAGACGAGAUGAACUUACUCAGCUCCAGUAACUAUAAUGACGACGAGAUUUGA